UCAUAGAUUUUGUCGUCACGUCCUGCUUCGAUUACUGCGGCUGGCGAGGUGAGGCAGUUGCAGUAAAAACAUGGCGACGUCCGUAGAGUUGACACUUGUAGACGUAGAGUCAAAUAUGGAGUAUGAAAUUAUCGUUAGCAAUGAGGAUGCGAAAAAAGCACGAAUAGAUAUAAAUUUUGCUACACUACUGCUUGAACAAGUAAAAAAAAAUAGCAUUAGACAACUUGUGAAUACACAAUAUGCUACCAAUACACAAGUUGCUACCAAUAAACGUAAAGCCAAUACCAAUAACGAAAGCAUACCAAAUGCUAUGCUUAGGAAUAGCACUGAUGAAUGUACGGAAGUUUCAGCCAAUACCAGUAGUACCAGUAAUACCAGUGCUAAUGAGAUACGCAUGGAAGCAAGUACUAGUAGCGCUAAGAGCAAUUCUGAUGAAUGUAUGGAAGGUACACACCUCUGGACUAAAGAAGAAACUUUAUUAUUAUUAAAUAUAUAUGACGAACGUAAAGAUAAAUUUGGGAAUGGAAUGUAUACAAUGAAAAAAUGUUGGCAGAUAAUUGCUAAUGCUAUGCAAGAGAAAGGAUAUAAAGUUACAAGUUUAAAAUGCUCUACAAAAUUACAAGCCUUAAAACGGACAUAUAAAUCUAUAGUGGAUCAUAAUAACAAAAGUGGAAAUAAUCCCAAGAAAUGGGAAUAUUUUAAGAUUAUGCAAGAAUUAUUUGCAGAUAAACCUUGGGUGCAACCUUUAUCAGUAGCAGGAUCACAUAUGACUGAAAUAGAAGAAAAGCGUAAACUGAAACAUAUUCCAAAAGAAGAAAGAUUAAUACUAUUGAAGAAUACAUAUCAUACGACAAGGAACAACAAAAAAACAAGCAAGAAAUUCGGAAAAAACAUCAUGAUGAAAAAUUGGCUGCUUUUCAACGAAUAG